GCGACGACUUCCGCUUUCAGCAGCUGUUCCAGCGACUUGCUGCUUGUGUCCAUGGCAGAUACCAGCACCGGGCAGGUCGAACUGGGCUUCGUGGAGGCGGCGCCUGCGUGGCGGCUGCGCAGCGAGCAGUUCCCCAGCAAGGUGGGCGGCCGGCCGGCGUGGCUGAGCGAGGCUGGGCUGCCGGGGCCCACGGAGCUGGCCUGCUCGCUGUGCGGCCACCCGCUGGCCUUCCUCCUGCAGCUGUACGCGCCGCUGCCCGGCCGCGCCGACGCCUUUCACCGUGGCCUCUUCCUCUUCUGCUGCCGGACGCCGCCGUGCUGCGUUGGCCUGCGCGUUUUUAGAAAUCAGCUCCCCAGGAGAAAUGACUUCUACUCCUUUGAACCACCUUCUGAGGAUCCUCCCCCAGAGACAGGAGAAUCCCUGAGCCUGCAGCUCAAGUCUGGUGCUCAUCUCUGCAGGGUUUGUGGCUGUUUAGGCCCCAAAACGUGCUCCAGAUGUCACCAGGCACAUUAUUGCAGUAAGGAGCAUCAGGCACUGGACUGGAGAUCAGGACAUAAGCAGGCUUGUGCACAACCAGAUAAUUUGGACAAUACAAUUCCAGACCACAACUUCCUUUUUCCAGAAUUUGAAAUUGUAAUAGAAACAGAAGAUGAGAUUAUGCCUGAGGUUGUAGAGAAAGAAGAUGAAUCAGAGAUUACAGGGAGCAUGGGUGAAGCACCUGAGGAAGAAUUGGAUUCCAUGGCAAAGCAUGAAUCUAGGGAAGAUAGAAUUUUCCAGAAGUUUAAAACUAAAAUAUCCCUUGAACCAGAACAGAUUCUCAGAUACGGCAGAGGGGUUGCCCCCAUCUGGAUCUCUGCUGAAAAUAUUCCUCAAGAAAAGGAUAUUCCAGAUUGCCCCUGUGGUGCCAAGAGAAUAUUUGAAUUCCAGGUCAUGCCUCAGCUGCUCAACUACCUGAAGGCUGACAGGCUGGGCAGGAGUGUUGACUGGGGCGUCCUGGCCGUCUUCACCUGUGCUGAAAGCUGUGGAUUGGGCGCUGGCUACACAGAGGAAUUUGUCUGGAAGCAAGAUCUACUAGACACAGCUUAAACACAAUGUUGGAAAGCCUUCGGAAUCUCUUAGACCUUGCAAUUCCAUCUCUAGGACUUUAUCCUGAGAAAAUAAUUAUGCUAGAGAUACACAAAGAUGUUUUAGGUCUUGUUUACAUUGUCUUUAGACUGGGAAAAAAUACCCAAUGACAGGGAAUUAAGUAAAUUUUGGUGCAUCUAUCCAGCAGGAUAUGCUAUGCAGUCUGAAUGAUACAGAUAUAUCAAUUAAGAUAUAUCCAGGUAUUCGUAGUGUGAUCAUAUUUUCACAGAAAUAUUUAUACCUGUGUAUGUGUACAAAAGAUAAUCUACAAAGAUAAACACUAGAUGUGAAUUGGUUAA